GUUGUCCUGACAGCCGCUCAUCGCGUGUACAUGUGGCGGGUAUAAUUACGACAAAAUGACCGGUGGCAAGAGAAGGGAAAAGAAGAGGUCACGUAUGAGCACGUACAUCGUACAUGUACCGAUUCGGCUCCAAUCUCCAUUGGGAGGACAGAGAAGGUAGAUGUCGAAGGAGGGAGCUCAAAAUUGAAAGUACAGCUUGCUCGUGGCUUUCGCGCCGCGCGGUGUUUAGUCCAUCGCGACGUCCCGAUCUAAUGUAAACCUCUUUCUCACUAUUUUCUACCGCUUUCCACUUCGAUCGUGAUUUCUCCUCGGAAUUUUUUGGAUAUUUUUCUGUGAACGACACAAUUUCUCGCGCCGCGACAAGAUACUGCAGUUCUGUCAGUGAACAAUUUGCCUCUCUUUUUUCGCGAUCUUGGAACGGCUAAAGCGAAAAAGAUUUGUUUUUGAAAACAGACAAAAUCCAGAAAGAAACUUUUGAAAUCUAUUGCUACGCCGCUAUAUGAGGAAGAUUUUUUUAUUAAAGAUUUAAAUAAAAAUAGAAAAGGAAAAAAGUGCGACUGGUUAAUAAUUCUUUCAACUUCUUCACGAAACGAUUCAUUAAUCGAUAUUGUUCUGUUCAGUGAAAGCAAACUUCCACAAAUUUUUUCGACGGAAUUAUAAAUUAAUUUUUGACAAAAAGUAUAUAUCUAAAAUUUUCUUGAUUAUUUUCUCUUCACUUUUAACGAGGAUACCAGUUAUAUAUCUUAAAGAUGACAAACCGACUAGAAUGAAUUACAACCAAAACAAAAACAUUGAAUUACUAACACCUUAAUCGCCAUCGAGCUUUGCAAUCGUCUACAUACAAUGACAUUCAAUUCGCGUUUAACCACAUAAUAACAAAAUAGUAGAAAAAAUGCACAACACUGUUAUUUUAUCUGACAAAUAAUUAGUUUUGUUACGCGCCGAAACGUAAUUAUACUUGUGGCAUUUCUAGUGCAAUACUCGACUUGGAAUGUUUAAAUUUUAUGAAGUAUUAUAAUUAAAGCUAUAAUUACAGCUAAAAGUAGCUAUAAAAAGGAGAUUUCUGUUUCAAGGGUCAUGAAAUUACAAGAAAGCUGAUUAUCCGCGAAGUAGAAGAAGCAUCAAAAAAAUUGUUAAUAUCUUCUGUCAGGACGCUUGCAAUCAGGAGGUCAUCCUUGUACCAACACCGCCGUCCUUCCCUCGAUAUGCAACGGAGAAUCUGAUAUCGCACGCGAGUCACGUGCCUAAGACCCGAAGAUUGAAUCGCAAGCGGAUCGAGCCGCGAAGAUGGCAGCGACCGAAUGCGUAGAAAACGGAAAGAGGAAUGAUGACAAGACGUCGGUUGAAGUGGCAUACAUUUCUAAACUUCGACAAGCAGUACCACAAUGCUGUGCAGUCGGCGCCAAAAAUAUACUUCUGCUUGCCUUUGGUUCAACUUUAGGAUUCGCGACUAUCCUCAUUCCAGCACUACAAAGAGAAGAUACAGACAUCAAAGUCACUACGGAAGAAUUAACAUGGAUUAGUAGUCUAAACUUGUUUCUCGUGCCAAUCGGUUGUCUCGUGAGCGGACCGCUGUCACAGUAUCUGGGCAGGAAGCGAACGAUGAUGUUGACAAAUAUCCCGUUCGUAAUUGCCUGGUUGAUAUUUUAUUAUUCUAGCAAUCCUGCGAUGUUGUUUACCGCGCUCGCAAUGACAGGCCUGACAGGUGGCCUCUUGGAAGCGCCGGUCUUGACUUAUGUCGCCGAAGUGACUCAGCCUAACUUGCGCGGAAUGCUGUCCGCGACCUCUUCAAUGUCAGUCAUUCUGGGUGUUUUCACGCAAAUGUUGAGCGGUAGUCUGGCCCAUUGGAGAACGGUGGCAAUGAUCAACUUGGUUUAUCCGGUUAUCUGUUUCUUCGCUUUGUGCUUAGUACCUGAGAGUCCACACUGGCUCGCAGCCAAGGGUCGUUUCGCGGAAUCGGAACGCGCUCUCUGCUGGUUACGGGGUUGGGCAAACCCGUCGCAGGUACAGAAUGAAUUUCAAACAAUCUGCGAGACAGUCCAGAAGCCUGCCGACAACACCGACGAUAAGAAGGAAGUCUGGCGAUCCUACACUAAACGCACGUUCUACGUGCCCUUCAUCCUAGUGAGCGGGGCCUUCUUCAUCAGCUCCUUCGGCGGCACCUCGACCCUGCAGACUUUCGCCGUUUUGAUAUUCGCGAAACUCAAGGCACCGAUCGACAAAUACAUGGCCACGGUGUUUUUGGGCGUCGCUCAAUUGGUCGGCACUAUAGUCUGCGUGCUGGUGAUCCAUUUCUUGGGAAAACGCAAGCUAUCCUUCAUAUCGGUCAGCGGCACCGGUCUGUGUUUCAUUGUUACUGCCAUCUACGGCUAUCUGAGUGAUACCGAUUAUUUUGACGGAGUCAGAUAUACCUGGUUGCCGACUACCCUCAUGAUUGGCGCCGCUUUCGUGUCGAACUUCGGAAUCAGAUUGUUGCCUUGGGUUCUGAUAGGCGAAGUGUUCCCGGUCAAGGUACGUAGCAGCGCAACCGGCGCUUCAGGUAUGGUCGGCUACAUUUUAUCAUCGAUCGCGAAUAAAACCUUCCUCUACAUGAUGAACGGCAUAUCGCUAUCCGGAACGUUCAUUUUCUACGCUCUGGUCAACUUGGCCGGCCUGUACUUUUUAUACAUGAUGCUACCCGAGACCGAAGGUAGGACCUUAAGGGAGAUCGAGGAACAUUUCGCCGGUAUACAGAAUUUAAAGGAACGGCCUACACAGAAGCAGCACGUCAUUAAGGAGAAGUGGGCGGCCGCGAAUCCGGCGAUCGUACAUGACGAAAGUAUCGAGAGUAGAUUGUAGAUUCGCAGAUCAAAUUGAUUAUUGAGUAUUGCACUUCGGAUAUAUCUUAUUCUUCGCGGAAAUUGUAAUUAUUUCGAGUAUUCUGUUAAAUAUCACUUAUCUGGAUAUUAAAUAUCAAUAUCUGGAUGAGUAACGCAAAGCGUAAUUGCACAUCUUUUUUAAAUGGAUUUUUAUAUAAUCUUGAAUGAUAUAUUUGAAUUUUUUUUUUAAUUGAUGAACAUGUGUGAUUAAAUGCAUAUGCGGUUUAUUUUCUGCUAUAUUUAAUGCAAACGAGAAUUAUCGCGUUAAAAAAGUCCAUUACCAUUCCUCGGGUAACGAGUAAUGCAAUCUAUAAAGAAAAGUUAAUAGAUAUAAAGAUUGAUCGAUUGAAAAAUAAUAAAGCGAAGAUAAAAAAAUUAUACGAUUAGACGCGUAAAUUAUAUAAUUUUCUAAGAUAUUUCCAGGAAUAUUUGAAGUGCUAAUGAUGUAUUGAAGAAUCUUAGGAUUAGCAAUCUUAUUUAUUUCGUUAAAAAAAUUGCAGUUGCCAUAAAGCGUUCCUAACAUUGCUCGAUUAAUAGUGAAAUGCUGGAGGAAAAGCUUUUAAGAUUUGUUACUUAUAGAAGCUUUUUUUUUAUUUCGCAAAGACUUUCGUAUUUUAUUGAAACUAGAUAUAUACAUUUGAUAGACAAGUGUAAAGACCGUAUAUUACCGUUAAUGUCUAAUAUAAGUAGAAUUAAGCUUUUACUGUACUAACACGGAUACAGUUAUUAUACAUAUCAUAUUCUUCUGUGAUGAUCUUUAAUACUAAACAUAAAAAAAUAUAAUUUUGAUAAAACAUGAAAUCAUGUUUUUCUCUAUUAUAUUUUCUUAUGAACUCGAAUAUCUCUCACUCAUUAAACGAUUUAUAUUUGCUCUCAAUAGAAUUAUGAAUUUUGAAUAAAGUAGAAUUUUGAACAAAUAAAAA